AUGAGCAGCAGUGCUACUACUCUUCGCAGCUGCUUGCGCGCAUCGUCUAACACUCUUCGCACAUAUUCGUCGCACCAAGCUCCAAGAGCAAGAAUCUCUGCGCCGAGAAGAGCCGGGAUUGCAAGCAGCAGAACCAUGGCGACGUCAACAGGCUUCAAGAAAAUCAAGGUCAAGAAUCCGAUCGUGGAGAUGGAUGGCGACGAGAUGACACGGGUCAUCUGGCAGGAUAUCAAGGACAAAUUCAUCUACCCGUACCUCGACAUCGAUCUCAAGUACUAUGACCUCGGCAUAGAAUACCGAGACAAGACAAACGACCAAGUCACCAUCGACGCCGCAGAAGCUACCAAGAAGUACUCGGUCGCGGUCAAGUGCGCAACAAUUACACCGGACGAGGCCCGUGUGAAAGAGUUCAACCUCAAGCAGAUGUGGCUUUCACCAAACGGCACAAUCAGAAAUGCCCUCGGCGGUACGGUCUUCCGAGAGCCAAUCGUCAUUCCUAAGAUUCCCCGCCUUGUUCCGGGCUGGAAGAAGCCCAUUAUCAUCGGGCGUCAUGCCUUUGGAGACCAGUACAGGGCAAAAGACAGAGUAAUCCCGGGCCCAGGAAAGCUAGAGAUGGUCUAUACUCCCGUCGGCGGCCAGCCGGAGGUCCUUGAAGUUUACGACUACAAGCAACAGGAUGGUGGCGUUGCAAUCACUAUGUACAACACCGCGGAAUCCAUCAAGGGAUUCGCUCACGCUUCGUUCAAGCUGGCAUUGGACAAGAAGAUGCCUCUGUACAUGAGCACGAAGAACACGAUCUUGAAGAAAUAUGAUGGCAGAUUCAAGGACAUUUUCCAGGAAAUUUACGAGAGCCAGUACAAAGCCGAAUUUGAGAAGCUGAAUAUCUGGUAUGAACACAGACUGAUCGACGACAUGGUCGCCCAAAUGCUCAAGAGCGAGGGUGGCUACAUCAUUGCUAUGAAGAACUAUGACGGUGAUGUUCAAUCUGACAUCAUUGCUCAAGGUUUUGGCUCCCUUGGCCUCAUGACAUCUGUUCUCAUCACUCCAGAUGGCAAGACCUUCGAAGCCGAAGCCGCUCACGGCACUGUCACUCGCCACUACCGUGAGCAUCAGAAAGGUAAUGAAACCUCAACAAAUCCAAUUGCUUCUAUCUUCGCUUGGACUCGUGGUCUCGCCAAGCGAGGCGAGCUUGAUGGCACUCCGGAACUAGUUGCAUUCGCGGAAGCGCUCGAGAAGGCCUGCAUUGAUACCGUCGACAUUGACGGUAUCAUGACCAAAGAUCUAGCGCUGAGUUGUGGACGUAAGGACCGGGACAGCUGGGUCGUUACUGGCAAGUACAUGGACGCCGUUGAAAGGAGGCUGAAGGCCAGCUUGAAGGAGAAGCUGUAA